AUGGCAGCUGAUACAUCUGAAGUUGGAGAAAUCGAGCAAUUCAAUCAAGUUGAAUAUGCAUCUUUACAAUAUAACCAACAAUCGCAACAACAAACCCUUGAAUCUUCCCGCGCACCUUCACACCCAACCCUACUCAACACCUCUCAACCACAAACCCACCAUCCAAAUACCACCACCACCUCACCCUCCACAUAUACAUUUCCCCUCAACCUCCCAUCCCCCAACGUCCUAAUCCGUCUAGAACCUCACUCACCAAUUCUCGACCACCUCACAGUCCAAUACAUACCCCAAGGACCUCAUCCAAAUCUUCCGCACAUCUCUCACGCAAUCGUAGAUCAAGUUCACGCGUCGGAGAUAUUAAAUAAACAUGUUUCUGAUCGUACGCCUUUUGUGCGCGCGGCUUCUAGGAGAUUACAGGCUGUGUUGGGUGUACGUAAUGAUUUGCCGUUUGAUUUACUUAUGGGGAGUGGAGGGAAUGAUGCGAGGAAUUUGGUGGUGGGUGUUGAUGGGAUGUUGGUGGAUUUGGGAGUUGUGGGUUUGCGGGGGAUUGGUGAGUAUUGUGAUGUUGUUAGGGGAGAUGGUCUUGUAAUUGGAGAUGGUGCUGGAAAUGGUCGGGAAGAUGUAGGUACGCAUAUGGAUUUUAACAUCGAUACAAAUACCAAUUGCAAUGCCGAUACAGAACGAAAUCUAAACACUGCAGCACAAUAUUAUCCACAAAUCAUAAACACCUACCCAACUCUACAAAACCAACAAAACCUACCACUCCAAAACCCCACCAAUCUCAGCUACGAAUACCCCCAAAACCCAAAAAUACCACACUUCUUCCCAUCAUCCUCAGUAAACCCCCACACAGGCGAAGGACUCCGCGAAUAUCUUCUCACACGAGCACUCCUCACCGGUUCUAAAAAGAGAGUGUGUAGAAGUAUAUCUUUUCAUGAUUUUACGCCGGAUGUACGGACGGGAGAGUUUUAUAAUAGGUUGUUGGUGCAUAUUGGGGUGGAUGGGGUUUCAAAAUCGAAGAGUGAUAGGGUUGAGGUUGUUGAGUUGAGUUUGCCUGACAAAAACGGCAUACUUCACCCCUGGCUCUCAAUCUUCAUCCAAAGACCCUUCCUCACCAUUACCUCUCCCCAUAAAAAUUACAGCACCAACACCCCCCCCAAUUUCCCCUCUCCAAUCCCCACAACCUGGCUCUGUCUUGCCGUUCCCCUCGCAAACAUAACCACCUACCCCAUCCAAUCUGAUACCACCUUACCAUCCUCCCUCCUCGAAGAAACCCUCCUCAAAAACAAACAUGGACUUCCCACCAGGAAGAUCGCCAGACGCCAAGAUUACGAUUUCUCCUUCCAAGGAACACCCAUCUUUGAAUUUUCCACCCGGGAUUUAUUCGGUCCUGUAUCUCCAUCUCCCACCACAUUCUACUCCUCCAACCAUCCCAAUCCGCAUUCUACUUCUCACGAACCCUCCCCCACCAACCAACCACCCAUCUCCGAUUUCCUCAGUAUCUCCGGACUUCCUCCCUACAACCCCAAAGACCCUUACCUCCCAUACCCACCCCACAUAUCUCAAAACCCGACAAAACACCAACAAUUCGCUCGAAAAUACGCACAUGCAGCAGGUGUUCCAUAUGAGGAACUACACACUUUUGGGGAGAUAGUGGAAGAUGAAAGUGGAGUAGAUAUAAGCGAGGAAUUAUCGCCUAAUGAGGGAAUUUGGUGGAGUAAGUUUUAUAGGGGUAUUACGAGGGAUAGGAUUAUUUGGGAGAGGGUUAGGAGGGCUAUGGGGAGGGGGAGGUGUAGAGUUGUUGUUCGGUGGCAGGAUUUUGCUGGGGGGGUGGGUGCACAUGGUGAUGGAGGAGUAGGGGAGGGAAUAGGGUUAGGAUUGGGGUUUGAAUUAGAAAGGAGAGAGAGUGAGGUGGAGAGGGUUAUGCAGGGAAUAGGUAGAGAGAAAUCGGGGAGGAAUUCGAAGAGGAAAGGGAGGAAGAAGUUGGGAUGA